AUGCGUUUCUCGACUGCCCUCUCGCUGGCUCUGGCGGCCAGCCCGGCUGCCGUCCUCGCUGCCGGCAACCUGGGGUUCUCUCUAGGCGUGAAGAAGCCCGAUGGUACAUGCAAGGGACAGACCGACUUUGAGCAGGACUUUGACACCCUCAAGGCUUACGGCCGCACCGUCAGGACAUACGCGGCUGCUGACUGCGGCAACACUGCUUUCAUUCUCCCAGCGGCUAAGGCAAAGGGCUUCAAGGUGGUUCUCGGUAUCUGGCCUGAUGUUGAGGAGUCUUACAAAGCUGAUGUAGAAGCACUGAAGAAGGCUGUCCCAGGCAACGAAGAUAUCAUUGCUGCCAUCACCGUUGGCUCUGAGACGCUUUACCGCGGCAACUUCACUGGUCCAGAGCUACUUAAGAAGAUCAAGGAUGUCAAGGAUAUGUUCCCCAAAAUCAAGGUCGGCACUGCAGAUAGCUGGAACAAGUACGCCGACGGUACUGCUGAUGCCCUGAUCCAGGGUGGCGUUGAGUUCUUGUUGGUCAACGCAUUCGCUUUCUGGCAGGGCAAGCCCAUCGAUCAGGCCCCCAAAACCCUCUUCGACGACCUGGUCGGGGCUGCUAAGCAUAUUGCCGACAAAGCCCCCAAGGGCUCGAGUCCCUACGUUGCCAUCGGUGAAACUGGCUGGCCUACCGACGGCGGUACCGACUACGGCGCGGCAAAGGCUGGCACCAAGAACGCCGAGAAAUUCUACCAGCAGGGUGUCUGCGCCAUGCUCGCCUGGGGUGUAGACGUCUUCUACUUCGAGGCCUUCGACGAGCCAUGGAAGCCCAAGAGCAUCGGUGACAACGGCAAUGCCGCUGACGAGACCCACUGGGGCAUGUACACUGCUGACCGCAAGUCCAAGUUUAACGCCGACUGCAAGGUCAAUAAGAAGAAGGACUAG